AUUAGUAGUAGUUUUGUCUGUAGUGUCUUACAAGCAGUAUGUACAACAGUUUACAGUAGAUCUAUAGUUAAAAUCAACACUGCUUGUCAUUGGUUGAUAGAUCGAGUCAGUCUAUACAUUUGAACCCUGUUUUGAUGUAAUAUACACCUACCAUUACUCAGUGUUCUAAAACAGUUGGUUGUACAAAUUAUGUGAUGAAUGGCAUUUUGAUGGACAGAUCUUCUGCUCUUGCAGGAUGUCUGGUGCCAGGCUGUUACUGUUCAUACAGAGCCUGUCUCGUAGGAAACCCCUGGAGCCAGAGGGGGAGGUGUCCAACUUUAAACGAUGUCUGACUACCCUUGACCUGGUGGCUCUGGGGGUUGGCAGCACACUGGGGGCUGGCGUGUAUGUGCUGUCAGGAGAGGUGGCCAGGGCCGUAGCUGGGCCCAGUAUAAUUAUAUCUUUCCUUGUGGCAGCAAUAGCUUCCAUUUUCGCAGGGCUGUGCUAUGCUGAAUUUGGAUCGCGUGUGCCCAAGACUGGCUCUGCCUACCUGUACAGCUAUGUGACAGUGGGGGAGAUUUGGGCCUUCAUCACUGGCUGGAACUUGCUGCUGUCAUAUGUCAUAGGAACAUCAAGUGUAGCCAGGGCAUGGAGUGGGACUUUUGAUGACCUCAUUGGAAAUGCCAUUGCCAACUCUUUAGGUCAACAUGCAGCAAUGGAUAUGCCAGGCCUCGCUACCUACCCAGACUUCUUUGCUGCUGCUCUCAUCAUGCUGUUGGCAGGGAUCCUUGCAUUUGGCGUUAAAGAGUCUGCUAUUGUGAAUAAGGUUUUUACAGCAGUUAAUACAGUGGUCUUGGUGUUUGUUAUCAUCGCUGGCUUCAUCAAAGGUGACAUUGACAACUGGUACAUUAGUGAGGACACUAUCCUGAACAUAACAACAAAUGAAAACUUCACAUCGGCACUAAAUGAAACCACAAAUUACGGUGUUGGUGGCUUCUUCCCCUUUGGUGUUGAGGGAACAUUGGCAGGAGCUGCAACCUGUUUUUACGCCUUUGUUGGAUUUGACUGCAUAGCCACAACAGGGGAGGAGGUGCAGAACCCUCAGAAGUCCAUCCCUCUGGGCAUUGUAGUAUCCCUGCUGAUCUGUUUCCUGGCUUACUUUGGUGUGUCGGCAGCACUGACCCUCAUGAUGCCCUACUGCAUGCUCAGUGUCAAUAGCCCAUUACCUGUAGCUUUUACAUACAUUGGCUGGGGCCCUGCAAAGUAUGCUGUGGCUGUAGGCUCCCUCUGUGCACUUUCAACAAGUCUUCUAGGAUCCAUGUUUCCCAUGCCCCGGGUCCUCUUUGCGAUGGCCAGGGACGGGCUGCUCUUCAAGCCACUCAGUAACAUGAGUUCUCAACAAAGUCCUGUGGUAGCCACUCUAUCUUCAGGUGUUGUGGCAGCAAUCAUGGCUCUAUUAUUUGACCUGAAAGCACUUGUGGACAUGAUGUCAAUUGGAACACUCUUUGCCUACACUCUUGUAGCAAUAUGUAUUCUCAUAUUGAGGUACCAACCAGAUCUUGGUGAGGAGUCCAGUGAUAAUACAUCUGAAUCAUUUUCGAUGAUAGAGGCCCUAAACCCUCCUUCUCAGCCCAAUGCUCAAACCUCUAAAAAUGUAUCCAUGUUCACAGUCUUUAUCAUCCUUUUAGAAAUUAUUCUGAGCGUUUUCCUGACCAAGGCUGUGGAUUCCCUGAUGAACCAGGAGUGGUGGAGCAUUUUAAUCAUCUCUGUGAUCCUUUUGAUGCUGGUCCUCACUGUUUUCAUCAUCUGGAGACAGCCUCAGAAUACAACCAAAGCUGCUUUUAUGGUUCCUUUUAUACCAGCACUUCCUAUUGUGAGUACAUUUGUCAAUGUCUAUCUGAUGGUUCAGUUGGGAGGAGAUACAUGGAUUCGCUAUGCUGUUUGGAUGGCAGUGGGGUUAUUGAUCUACUUUUGUUAUGGAGUUCAUCACAGUGUGCAAAAGCAAAGGCUGGAAAAUGCACACAAUCAGGUCAACAUACAAAGUCUUAACACAAAUAUGGAGUAAAACUUUGUGACGGAUGAGGAUUCCUGUGGCCCUGAUAUCUGACCCGGAAUUGAAAUACAAGAUUUCAAAAGAAGGGAAACAUCAAUACAUUGUAUUUGAUAUAAUUAUAAUAAUUGUUAUUAAUAUUGCCAUACAAAGCUGUUUUGAUUUGAAAGGAGCAUUCCAUAAAAUACCCUACUGCUAAUCACUCACUUUAACUCUUGAAAUAUAUACCCCUUGAAUUUGAACAACAAGGUGAAUAGUUUGCAUAAAGCAACUCAAGUUAUCAUGCGAACAAUUUAAUCUUUGAAGGUGUUGCCCUGACACUGAAAAUCAUGUUGAUUGUGUGAUAUGUAAAACUACUUGUAAUGAUGAAUUUUAAAUACACUUUUACUUAAAUCAUGACACAAGAGGCCAGUAAUGUAACCAACAUUAACAAACGUUUACCAAUAUACUUUACUACAGUACACUGAAAAUACCAGUGGUUUUUAUUAUGUUGUGCAUAUCACAAUAAAAGUGCUUUAUAUGAUGUGGUGAGUGGGUGGUAUUGGAGUUAGUGCUGCUGCCUUCAUCCAUCAUACAUAUACCACUGUUGGCAAGGGUUCGAAUCUAUCUCACCAUUUUCCUGACACUGCUCUCUAUCAUUCCUGUCACUCCAACUAUCUGUCUAUCAAAAUACAUGACGAAUUUACAGGGGGAAAGUGCCGUAGAUUUUGCUGCA